AUUGGGAAGGUUGCAGGAUAGUAACGCUGUCUUGUCUCAUUUUAACCAGUAUUCUGAGCAUUGUUUCGCUGAGGUUUCUGGUGAUUUUUCGAGAAAUACUCGUCUCUUGAGGUCUAUGAAGUCUGAUCUAGAUUACAUAUUUCAGAAGCUAAGAUGCAUUUCCGGAUGAAUCCACACAAGAAGUACUCGAUAGAAGACCUGACCUUGAAAUGCCUCAAACUCAAUAGCAUUCAGUGUUUCCACAUAUAUUUGUUGAUGGGCACGCUUAGUGAUGGAAAAUUUCAGGAGAAUACACUAGAUUGAAAAGUGUGAUGUCUCGUAUCCUUAUUAUUAUUCACGAGGAUAUAAAAAUGUUUAGUCAGUAUGCAUGAGAUGCACUGCCAUUUGCCUGAUUAUGGUUUUAUUUGUUACAUACAAUUAUGGAAAUUGAGAAUUAGACCCUGCAUUUCCCACAGAAAAAAAAAAAGAACUAAUACCCGCUGUAAAUUAUGGAAAUGGAGGGAUUGCUGUGUGGCAUUUACCCUUAUUUUCUUUUGUGUAUUUGUGUGUAUAUAAAUUGCCCUUGUGUGCAUCUAUCUCGUUUCAUUUUUUAAUGGACGGUCCUACAGUGAUUCCUGUUCAGUCAUCGCCUUACAACUUCCACUUAUUCAACCUACUGGUAGAAGUGAUCAAUUUUGUUGGGGAAAUUUUCAUUGCGGGCUCAAAUUCACACGAAGUGGCCUUAAAGUUUGUACAACUUGAUAAUUUGAGUGACUUUAUUUCAGUUUCUUCUGCUUUGUGCUCUGAAUUUGAGGCACUUUGCAAUGCCAUUCUACAAAACUUUUGGUGCCCAAGUGGGAUCAGGCAUGUAUACAUUCGUGAGAUUCUGAUGCAUUGUAAUGUGCUUGUCAUUACUAAUCAAACCUGUUCUUAGAAGAAGAUUUUUGAUAUCUAGGGAACAUGAGGCCUUCUACUAUCUGUCCCAAACUGGAGACGGAAAUGACACCAAAAUAUGGUUGAUUAUUGUCAAAGCCCAUAAAAUACAGCAGGCAAAUGUUUAUGAUGCAAUUUUGCCAUUAUUAUCUACAAUUUUUGCUGUCAUAACGUUAUCUGCUAUCAGCUCAUUUUUUAUGAGUCGGGUGUUGUUACAAGCUAAUUAGAACAUAAUUAACCAGAAUCAGCAUGAGAAGAAAGUGUAAUGUAUGGUUAGCAGUUGCUGAUCGAGUAUCUUCUGUGUUAGCUGGUGCUUGGUAAAUCCAGAGACUGGUUCCCAAAGGAAAAGCAAGUAAUCUCUUCACCGCACACAGAAAAGGGUACGUUUUCUUGCACAUUCCAAGAAAAACAAGCAACCUUCUCUAGUUUUUACCUGAAAUAAUUUUUAUGAAAGUUUAGUCUAAUAAAUUCAUUAGCCGAUUGGUCUAAGUUAAUUUUAUAUUGCUAAAUGCAUUAAUUGGGGACGAAAAGUUUUUCUAGAGUUGCCAAUUGGCUUGUUCUUGAAAGAACGAAAGAAAAGAAUUCUCCAAUGGGAUUGUUAUAAAAAUUUCUUCAAGAAAUUAAUCUCUGAAAAGCAUAUACAGAGAGAGUGAUAGAAGUUGGUGCAUGUCAUAGUCAGUCCACUUCUGAGCCAUAAACGUACAGAGUGUCAUCUGAUUCUACUCAUCUAGCUUCCUUUUUUCUUCCUGUGAUCCAUUCCUGUCCUUGCUAAAACCCCUGGAGUCACGCGUUCUCUCCUCUCUCUGUCUCUCUCUCAUGCAAUUGCCCUCCUUUCUUUAUCAUGCAAAAAACAUAUAUAAACAAACCAGUACUAUGCCCACUUACAAGAACCCAAAAGAGAGAACAAAAAUGGUGGGGGGUUCAUCAACAAGGAGUGAGAGUGAGAAGGAGAAAACAAAGCUCAGAGAGAGGCAAAGGAGGGCAAUCACCACCAAGAUCUUCCAUGGCCUUCGCAGACAUGGUGGCUACCACCUCUCUCCUCGCUCUGAUAUCAAUGAAGUCCUCCGUGAGCUCGCCAAAGAGGCUGGCUGGGUUGUUGAGCCUGAUGGCACCACCUACCGUUACAAGCUUCUGAACCGCUGCCCAACUUGUGGUACGAUUCCAUUUCCACAUAAUACCACUACAAGCACCACCGCCACACCCACCACCAGUAGCACUGUCUUUGUGGGCGGAGGAGGAGGAGCUGGAGCGGGAGGAGAGUGCUCAACCACCGCAUCCCCUCGCCGGGUUGAUCACGCCAUGAUAUUGACUGGGAGUAGCAGUAACAACAAUAACGUUGGAGAGCCCACUACCACCGCCACCUCAACCUCCUCUACUCAUAUUUGCAGUGAUGGCUUUGGUGGUACUGACGUUGAUAUCCCUCUUGCAUUCUACAUGUACAGAGGACUCACAAGUAGUGGGCUCAACCACCCGUCUACCAUGGUGGCCGGAGGUGGAAUGAAGGUGGCCGGUCAAAGUCAGCUGCAGCAGCAGCAGGGGACGUACAUGCAAGAAGCGAGGGCAUCUAACCAGAACACGCCCGUGGGAUCACCUCUGCAUCGUAACAACUAGAGUUUGGAUAAUUUUUAAAUUACGAAUUCGCCCUCACCUGACCAAAAUCACGCAUUUAUAAACACCAAUGUUUUAUGUUUUCUUAAUUUCAAUUACUUAUAUAUUUAUGUUUUUCUUUCAUAUUAAAGAAUAUUUGCAAAACA